GGGUCGGGGAGUGGACGGGGCCGGGCUCCCGGCAGCAUGCACCCAUGGCGGACGGCGGCGCGCCCCUGCUCCCCGACAGCCUGCUCUACCACAUCUUCCUGAGCCUGGGCCCCGGCGACGUGCUGGCCGCCGGCCUCGUGUGCCGCCAGUGGCGCGCCGUGGCCCGCGACGAGUUCCUGUGGCGGGAGCAGUUCUACCGCUACUUCCAGGUGGCCCGCGACGUGCCCAGGCACCCAGCGGCCACGUCGUGGUACGACGAGUUCCGGCGGCUCUACGACGCGGUUCCCUGCGUGGAAGUGCAGACGCUCACGGCGCACACGGACCAGGUCCUGCACCUCAGCUUCGCGCACUCCGGAGGCCGCUUCGCGUCCUGUUCCAAGGACUGCACGGUGAAGAUCUGGAGCAAUGGCCUGGCCAUCUCAUUGCUGCACAGUGCGGACAUGCGACCAUACAACUGGAGCUACACGCAGUUCUCCCAGUUCAACCGCGACGACUCGCUGCUGCUGGCCUCUGGCGUGUUCCUGGGGCCGCACAACUCCUCCUCUGGGGAGAUCGCCGUCAUCAGCCUAGACACCUUCGUCCUGCUGUCCCGGGUGCGCAACAAACCCUACGACGUGUUCGGCUGCUGGCUCACUGAGACAUGCCUCAUCUCAGGGAACCUGCACCGCAUUGGGGACAUCACCUCCUGCUCUGUGUUGUGGCUCAACAACGCCUUCCAGGAUGUGGAGUCGGAGAACGUGAAUGUAGUCAAGCGCCUCUUCAAGAUUCAGAACCUGAACGCCAGCACCAUCCGCACGGUGAUGGUGGCCGACUGUGGCCGCUUCGACAGCCCGGACCUGCUGCUGGACGCCGGCCCCGCCGCCGGCCCUUGCCGCGUCUUCGACCUGGGCGCUGAUGGGGACAGCGAUGAGGAGGGCACAGGCCGUGCGCCUGGACCUGCCCGCCCUCGGGGCCCGCGGCGGCUGCUUAACAGUGCGCUGGACACCCAGGCGCCGCUGUCGGAGCGCGUGCUGGAGACCAGGGUGGCCGAGCUGCUGGCCCAGGGCCACACCAAGCCGCCUGAGCCUGGCGCCGCCGACGCCCGCACCAAGUACCUCAUCUUCACCACCGGCUGUCUCACCUACUCGCCCCACCAGAUCGGCAUCAAGCAGAUCCUGCCGCACCAGAUGACCACGGCCGGGCCCGUGCUGGGCGAGGGCCACGGCUCGGACGCCUUCUUCGACGCGCUGGACCACGUCAUCGACGUGCACGGCCACAUCAUCGGGAUGGGCCUGUCCCCCGACCACAGGUACCUGUACGUCAACAGCCGGGCCUGGCCGCGCGGCGCCGUGGUGGCCGACCCCAUGCAGCCGCCGCCCAUCGCCGAGGAGAUUGACCUGCAGGUGUUCGACCUCAAGACCAUGCGCGAGGUGAAGCGGGCGCUGCGGGCACACCGCGCUUACACGCCCAACGAUGAGUGCUUCUUCAUCUUCCUCGACGUCAGCCGCGACUUCGUGGCCAGCGGGGCGGAGGACCGCCACGGCUACAUCUGGGACCGGCAUUACAACAUCUGCCUGGCUAAGCUGCGGCACGAAGACGUGGUGAACUCGGUGGUCUUCAGCCCCUGCGAGCAGGAGCUGCUGCUCACGGCCAGCGACGACGCCACCAUCAAGGCCUGGCGGUCCCCGCGCGCCCUGCGCCUCCUCCAGGCCGCCCCGCGCCUGCGCCCCCGGCCCUUCUUCUCCUGGUUCGGCAGCCACAGGCGCUGAGGCGGGGGGCGCAGCAGGGCGAGAGGCCUUGCUGUAGCAGCGAUGCUCGGGGGUCAGCCGGACCCCACAUGCGCACCCUUCGCAACAGGGGCACUCGCUC